AAGGUCAACGAAGUCACCAUGCAUUUGUUUGCUGAAGCAACUAUGAAAUUCUCACUUGAGCUGUACCAGAAGCUCAGAGAAUCUAAGGACAACAUCUUCUAUUCCCCAAUCAGUAUCAUGACAGCAUUAGCAAUGCUCCAGGUUGGAGCCAGAGGAGACACUGAAAAACAAAUUGAGGAGGUUCUUCAAUUCAAUGAAGCCACAAAGAAGACAACAGAAAAAUCUGCAGACUGUCAUGAUGAAAAGUCAGAAAAUGUGCAUGACCAAUUUCAAAAGCUUAUGACUCAGUUAAACAAAUCCAAUGAUGCUUAUGACCUAAAAGCUGCCAACAGUAUCUAUGGAGCAAACAGUUUCCCAUUUAUCCAGGAAUUUUUGGAAGACAUUAAGAAAUUUUACCAAGCCAAUGUUGAAUCACUUGAUUUUGUACAUGCUGCAGAAGAAAGCCAGAAGAAGAUUAAUUCCUGGGUGGAAAGCCAAACAAAUGGAAAAAUCAAAGACUUAUUUCCUAGUGGGAGCCUGGACCAUAACACAAUACUGGUGCUGGUGAAUGCAGUAUAUUUCAAAGGACAAUGGGAUGAAAAAUUUGAUGAAAAUCAUACUGGAGAAGAAACAUUUUGGCUGGACAAGAAUACGAGUAAACCUGUCCAGAUGAUGAAACAAAGCAAGAAGUUUAACUUUAACUUACUAGAGGAUGUGCAGGCCAAAAUCGUGGAAAUACCAUACAGAGGCAAAGAGCUCAGCAUGUAUGUCCUGCUGCCAAAUGAAAUUGAUGGUCUGGAGAAGCUUGAAGAGAAACUCACUUCUGACAAGUUAAUAGAGUGGACAAGCCCACAGAACAUGCAUAUGACAGAUUUGCAUUUAUCUUUACCUCGAUUCAAAGUGGGAGAGAAGUAUGACCUCCCAGGUCCGCUGGAGCACAUGGGGAUGGUGGACGCCUUCAUGCCACAGAAGGCUGACUUCUCUGGCAUGAGCAGCACUCAAGGUCUCUUUGUGUCUAACAUUUUACACAAGUCCUUUGUGGACGUAAAUGAAGAGGGAACAGAAGCUGCAGCUGCCACAGGGGUAGAAAUCACUGUAACAUCAGCAUUGAUAAGUGAAGAUUUCUCUUGUAAUCAUCCUUUCCUAUUCUUCAUCAAGCAAAAGAAGACCAACAGCAUUCUCUUCUUUGGCCGACUGUCUUCCCCUUAA